GUCGGAACAAUUGUGUGCAGGACACAUUCCUGGUGGGAACCUUUAUUGGGAACAUCGGAGUGGCGCUUCACUUCGCUUUCUCCGUUGAAACAUGCCGAAGUUUUACUGUGACUAUUGCGACACCUACCUGACCCACGAUUCGCCGUCGGUGAGGAAAACCCACUGCAGCGGGAGAAAACACAAAGAAAAUGUCAAGGACUACUACCAAAAAUGGAUGGAAGAGCAGGCCCAGAGCUUGAUCGAUAAAACCACUGCUGCGUUUCAGCAAGGAAAAAUCCCCCCCACGCCAUUCACGGGUGCCCCCCCUCCUGGGGGUCCGCCACGUCCAGGGAUGCUGCCCACCCCACCCAUGGCAGGUCCUCCUAUGAUGCCCAUGAUGGGGCCUCCGCCACACGGGAUGAUGCCCGGCGGACCCGGAAUGCGGCCGCCGAUGGGAGCGCCCAUGCAGAUGAUGCCGGGACCACCUCACAUGAUGCGUCACCCUCGACCCAUGAUGAUGCCAGUCAGGCCGGGCAUGAUGAGACCGGACAGAUAAGGCCGGCGUCGGGGAUAUUUGCUGUCGUCGUUAAGCGUCGUUGCCACAAGGAGGCGCUGCAGAGUGACGACAAAACAACCCCCCCCCAUUCAAAGUUUCAACCUUUCCAUAUUGCCUGUCAUGUAUUUAUUCCUACAUGAUACUACCAGACACUCAAUUUGGAUCGACGAUGUUUUGCGCUAGUGGUCUCGUCACUCUGCAGAGACACCAAUUAGUACGUGGAAUUUUUAUUUUCAACAUUUUUAUUGCAAUACUUUUCCUUUUUCAUGUUUCGCUGCUUUGAGGAAUAAAGCAGUCAUUUAAAAACGUCAA